AUGAGACUUGGAGCUGAUCCACUUUACAUGGGUGCAUUGCACCACAAAGACGUGCUUCACGUUAAUGAAGGGAAUGAUUUAUUAUUAUCAUGCAGUGUACUUGGUCGACCUACACCAAUUAUCUCAUGGUUCGUUAAUCAAACAGAAAUAAAAAAUCCAUGGAAAGUUAAAACAGGACGUGGAAUUAUUCAGCAGUCAAGAUAUUUAUCAAAACUCCAGCUGAGCAAUGUACACACAACUGACAGUGCUAAUUAUACUUGCGUAGCGGAGAAUCUGAACGGUGAUAUACAUAAAUCAGUACAAGUGAUUGUUAAGCCUACAACAACACUUCCACCGCCAACAGUAACUCUGAUCACCACACCGGAAAUAGCAAUAACUCCUCCCAUACAUCCUUGUAUUGGCUAUUGUGACAAAGGACAAUGCUAUAUGAUAGAUGGGAAACCGUACUGCAGAUGCUAUCCACAAUAUUUGGGUGAACACUGUGAGGUAGUGCAUUCGUCAAAAUUUGCUUAA